AUGACGCGCCGCCUGCGCCGCCGCGCCGCCAGGGACGGCCCGGCGGCGCAUCCGCAUCCGCACCCGCACCCGCUCGACUGGACCGCGCUCCCGGACGACGCCACGCUGCACCUCUUCGCGCGCCUCGGCUACCGCGACCGCGCCGCCCUCGCCGCCACCUGCCGCGCCUGGCGGGCGCUGGCCGCCUCGCCCUGCCUCUGGGCGGCGCUCCACCUCCGACGCCUCGACCCGGCCGCCGCGGCCACCCUCGCCCCGCGCUGCGCGCCCCACCUGCGCAGCCUCCGCCUCGCCGGCCGCGCCGCCGCCGAGGCCGCCCCCUUCCUCCGCGCCGCGGGGCUCCGCUCGCUCCGCCUCUCCGGCUGCCGCGACCUCACCGACGCCGCGCUCGCCGUCCUCGCCGCGCGCCACGGGGGCCUCGCCGAGCUCCACAUCGGCCCCGACCCGCUCGACCGCAUCUCCAGCGACGCCCUCCGCAGCGUCGCCCUCUGCUGCCCGCGCCUCCGCUGCCUCCGCCUCUCCGGCCUCCGCGAGGUCGCCGCCGACGCGCUCGCCGACCUCGCGCGCCACUGCCCGCUCCUCCACGAUCUCGCCUUCAUCGACUGCCUCGCCCUCGACGAGCCCGCCCUCGCCGGCCUCACCUCCCUCCGCUUCCUCUCCGUCGCCGGCUGCCAGAACAUCAAGUGGGCCACCGCCUCCGCAUCCUGGGCGCAGCUCCCCUCCCUCUCCGGCCUAGAUGUAUCCCGCACCGACGUCUCCCCCGGCGCCGUCUCCCGCCUCAUCUCACACUCCACCACCCUCAGGCUCAUAUGCGCCCUUAACUGUGCCUCCCUCGAGGAGGAAGAGGCGCACAGCCCGGCCGCCUUCGCCAACUCCAGGGGCAAGCUCGUGCUCACCAUCAACCGCACAAUCUCUAAAUUCAUCGCCGCAGACGCCGCCCCGCUGUGUCCAGACACGGCUGUCAAGGACACUGUGGUGUUCGAUGAGUGUCGCUCUUCGAGUGGCAAGCGCAAUGAGGUGUCUCACCUCAUUACAUGGCUCGAAUGGAUCCUGUCGCAGUCCCUCCUGCGAAUUCCAGAGAGCAACCCACAUGGCAUGAACCAGUUUUGGCUGGACCAGGGCGCGGCGCUGCUGCUAACCCUGCUCAAGAGCUCCCAGGACGAUGUGCAGGAGCGGGCGGCCACCACGCUUGCAACAUUCGCGGUUAUCGAUGAUGAGAACACCAAUGUGGACCCUGCAAGGUCUGAGGCUGUGAUGCUCGAAGGGGGCAUACCGAUGCUGUUGGAUCUCGCAAGGUGCUCCAGGGAGAGUCUGCAGUCUGAAGCUGCAAAGGCAAUCGCCAACUUAUCCGUGAAUCCAAAGGUUGCGAAAGCAGUUGCAGAUCAGGGAGGUAUUGCCAUACUCACUAACAUGGCAAAGUCGGUAAACCGUCUGGUUGCUGAAGAGGCUGCUGGGGGGCUGUGGAAUCUGUCAGUGGGAGAAGAACACAAGGUUGUGGCUAUCGCAGCGGCUGGUGGGGUAAAAGCUUUGGUUGAUCUUAUAUUUCGAUGGCCUGCAGGAACUGGAGUGCUUGAACGUGCUGCUGGUGCACUUGCAAAUCUUGCUGCUGAUGACAAAUGUAGCUUGGAGGUUGCAACGGCUGGUGGCAUCCAUGCCUUGGUUACGCUUGCUCGCUCCUGCAAAGUUGAAGGGGUCUUAGAGUGCAUGCAGGCUGCACGAGCUUUAGCUAAUCUAGCUGCACAUGGAGACAACAACAACAAUAAUGCUGCUGUUGGCCAGGAACCAGGUGCUCUUGAAGCUUUGGUGCAACUAACACAUUCUCCCAGUGAAGGCGUCAGACAAGAAGCUGCUGGCGCUUUGUGGAACUUGUCAUUUGAUGAUAGAAAUCGGGAAUCCAUAGCUUCUGCUGGUGGUGUUCAAGCUCUGGUAUGGACUCUGUCAAGAAUGUUUAAAUGCUUCGGACGGUCUUCAGGAGAGAGCUGCGGGUGCUCUCUGGGGACUAUCUGUUGCUCUUUCAGCAUUGCUAUUGGAAGGGAAGGUGGUGUUCCACCUCUAAUCGCGUUGGCACAGUCGGAAGUUGAAGAUGUUCAUGAGACUGCAGCUGGUGCACUAUGGAAUCUUGCUUUCUAUUCUUGUAAUUCUCUCCGCAUAGUUGAAGAAGGUGGUGUACCUGUCCUAGUGCACUUGUGCUCAUCAUCACACUCAAAAAUGGCUCGGUUCAUGGCUGCACUAACCCUUGCUUAUAUGUUUGAUGGAAGAAUGGAUGAGAUAGCAUUGGUUGGGACAUCCUCACAGGGUAGUUCCAAAAUUGUAAAAUUUGAGGGAGCAAGAAGGUUGGCAUUUAAGCAUAUAGAAGCCUUUGUGUUGACCUUUUCAGAUCCACAAAUGUUUUCUACGGCUGCUUCAUCCUCAGGCGCAGCAGCCUUAUCUCAGGUUGCUGACGCACUUUUUAUACAAGAAGCUGGACAUCUUAGAUGCAGCCGAGCUGAGAUUGCUAGAUUCGUUGACACGCUACGGAAUCCUUCAUCAGUUCUUCGUGCUUGUGCAGCUUUUGCUCUGCUUAGUUCACUAUGCCGGCGGGUCGACAUGCUGUGCACCACGCGGCCCUGCUUCAGAAAGCCGGGGCGUCCCGGGUCUUACGGUGGGCAGCAGCCGCGGCAACAGCUCCCAUCGAAGCGAAGAUCUUUGCACGGAUCGUCCUUCGCAACUUGGAGCUCCACCAAGCAGGGCCUUCCACAUAGAAGCAAAGGAUGA